AGGAAAAAGAUGCUGCCAUGGAUGCCCCACUACUGGUAAUGGAAGAUAUAGUUCAUAAAACGUCCCUCGUUGACAUUACUUUGCAGUCUCAGACGUCAGAGAUGGAUACUGAUUUUGUCAGUGAUAAUAGGGAGUCUACCGAAUCUAGUGACGCAGAAGGUGAAUUGGAUACAUGGAUUACUAAUUAUGCUGGGAAACUCCAACAUAUGAUGAACAGUCUAGAUCGAACAGGCCACUUAAAUAAAAAAUAA